AUGGGCAACGAGGCCAGCCUGGAGGGUGGCGCUGGUGAUGGGCCACUGCCGCCCGGAGGCUCUGGCCUGGGGCCGGGCCCCGGCCCGGGUGCAGGGAAGCCUCCUUCAGCACCAGCCGGCGGUGGACAGCUCCCCGCGGCGGGCGCGGCGCGGGCCGCGGCUGGACCUCCAGCCUCGGGUCCGGGCCCCGGCCCUGGCCCUGGCCCUGGCGCAGGCCCCGGCAGUGUAUCUCGGCGAGUGGACCCCAAGGAGCCCCUGAGUAGCCAGAGAGCAGCCUCCUCCACCCUAAAACAAGCUUCUGCCACAGCUCCUGGCCGAGAGAGUCCCCGAGAGACAAGGGUACAAGGCCCAGCAGGCCAGGAGGCCGAUGGUCCCCGCAGGACGCUGCAGGUAGACAGUCGGACACAGAGAUCAGGCCGGUCUCCUUCAGUGUCACCAGACAGAGGCAGCACCCCCACGUCACCCUAUUCAGUUCCCCAGAUUGCUCCCCUCCCCAGCAGUACCUUGUGUCCUAUAUGCAAGACCUCGGAUCUCACGUCGACCCCCAGCCAGCCAAACUUCAACACCUGUACCCAGUGUCACAGCAAGGUAUGCAACCAGUGUGGAUUCAAUCCCAACCCUCAUCUCACCCAGGUCAAAGAAUGGCUCUGUCUGAACUGUCAGAUGCAAAGGGCUCUGGGAAUGGACAUGACCACUGCACCUCGCUCCAAGAGCCAGCAGCAGCUCUACUCCCCAGCUCUGUCUCCUGCCCACUCCCCAGCCAAACAGCCCCUGGGGAAGCCAGAACCAGAGAGAUCUCGGGGCUCAGGGGGACCACAGCCUAGCCCCCGCCAGGCUGAGACAGCCAGGGCCACUUCAGUGCCAGGGCCUGCCCAAGCAACUGGCCCUCCAGAGGUGGGAAGGGUGUCUCCACAGCCCCCUCUCCCUACCAAGCCUUCCACAGCUGAACCCAGGCCACCUUCAGGAGAGGCCUCGGGCAAAAGUGCCACCACAGUGACCUCUGGGCUUGGUGCUGGCGAGCAGACCCAGGAGGGCCUAACUGGGAAGAUCUUAGGCCUUGGCGCAUCAAUACUCACCCAGGCCAGUACCCUCAUGUCUGUGCAGCCGGAGGCUGAGCCUCAGAGUCAGCCUUCCCCAAGUAAGGGGCCACCCAAGAUUGUCUUUAGUGAUGCCAGCAAGGAGAUUGGCCCAAGACCCCCAGGUUCCGGGCCUGGGCAAGCCCCUGGAGCCAAGACUGAGCCUGGGGUUAAAACAGGUCCCGGAUCAGGGCCUGGAGCCAUGGCAAAACCUGGAGGAGCAAGUCCAAAGCCUGGCAAAGCAGAACAUCCGGUAGCAUCGAAGGCUGCUGCCAAGCCAAAGACCACGCUGAAGGAAAGGGUCCUCUGCCCACUGUGCCAAGCCGAGCUCAAUGUGGGUGGCAAGGACCCCGCCAACUAUAACACCUGCACCACCUGCAAGCUCCAAGUAUGCAACCUGUGUGGCUUUAACCCUACACCCCACCUGGUGGAGAAAACAGAGUGGCUCUGUCUGAACUGCCAAACUAAGCGGCUACUGGAGGGAGGGCUGGGAGAGCCGACUCCAUUGCCGCUGCCCACCCCACAGCAGCCCCCUACGGGAACCCCUCCUCGUGCAGCUGGAACAGCCCCUCUGAAGCAGAAAGGGCCACCCACCGUGGCCCAGCCAUCAGGCCCGCUGACUGCCAAGACCAGCCCCCUACCCACCAAGGCCAGCCCCCAGCCUACCAAGGCCAGCGUCCAGGCCAAGCCACCCAGGGCUUCUGAACCCAGCAAGACCUCAAGCAGUGCCCAGGAAAAGAAGACAGGAGUCCCUGCAAAAGCUGAGCCUGUGCCGAAGCCACCUCCAGAGCCCACCAUGCCCCCUGGAACUCCUAAAGGAAAGAGUGGGGUGAGAAGGACAGAACCUGUCUCUACUGUCAUCAAGGCUGGUCUAGAAGCGCCCAAGGGAGGGGAAGCAGAGGAACCAGUCAGCAAGCCUUACUCUCAGGACCUGUCUCGGAGCCCACAGAGCCUCAGCGACACGGGCUAUUCCUCUGACGGUGUGUCUAGCUCCCAGAGUGAGAUCACAGGUGUUGUGCAGCAGGAGGUGGAGCAACUUGACAGUGCCGGGGUGUCAGGGCCACGCCCUCCCAGCCCCUCGGAGCUGCACAAGGUGGAGAGCAGCAUGCGGCCUUUGCUGGAGGCCAAGGCGGUGGCCCCGAGUGGGAAGCCGAGCAAACCACCCAGCGGCAGCACGGUGGAGGAGCAGAAGCGCCGGCCUCACUCCUUAUCCAUCAUGCCUGAGGCCUUCGACUCGGAUGAGGAGCUGGGGGAUAUACUGGAGGAAGAGGAAGAUUCCCUAGAAUGGGGUCACCAGAGAGAUCAGCAGGACACAGCUGAGUCCUCAGAUGACUUCGGUAGUCAGCUGAGGCAUGACUAUGUAGAAGACAGCAGCGAAGGUGGCCUGUCCCCUCUCCCACCCCAGCCUCCAGCCAGGGCCACAGAGCUGACUGAUGAAGAAUUUAUGCGACGGCAGAUCCUAGAGAUGAGUGCUGAGGAAGACAACCUGGAGGAGGAGGAGGACACUGCCAUCUCCAGGCCCGGCUUGGCUAAACACGGUACCCAGAAAGGUAGUUCCCGGCCUAGGCCCGAGCCCAGCCAAGAGCCAGCAGCAGCAGCACCGCCCAAGCGGCGUCUGCCCCACAAUGCUACCACGGGUUAUGAGGAACUGCUGUCUGAGGGCGACCCAGCAGAAGCCACCGAUGGCACCCUGCAGGGUGGCCUGCGUCGCUUCAAGACCAUUGAGCUCAAUAGCACAGGGAGCUAUGGCCAUGAGCUAGAUCUGGGCCAAGGCCCCGAUGCCAGUCUGGACAGGGAACCCGAGCUGGAGAUGGAAAGCUUGACCGGUUCACCCGAGGACCGCUCCCGGGGGGAGCACUCCUCUACACUGCCUGCCUCGACCCCCAGCUACACAUCAGGCACUUCGCCCACUUCCCUUUCUUCCCUGGAGGAGGACAGCGACAGCAGUCCCAGCCGCCGGCAGCGACUGGAAGAAGCCAAGCAGCAACGCAAGGCCCGACAUCGUUCCCAUGGACCCCUGCUGCCCACCAUCGAAGACUCCUCCGAAGAGGAGGAGCUGCGGGAGGAGGAAGAGCUGCUGCGGGAGCAGGAGAAGAUGCGGGAGGUGGAACAGCAGCGCAUCCGGAGCACAGCCCGCAAGACCCGACGGGACAAGGAAGAACUCAGGGCCCAGCGACGCCGGGAGCGUUCCAAGACCCCACCCAGUAACUUGUCCCCCAUCGAAGAUGCGUCUCCCACAGAGGAACUGAGGCAGGCGGCCGAGAUGGAGGAGUUACACCGCUCCUCCUGCUCUGAGUACUCCCCCUCUCCCUCCCUCGAUUCGGAGGCUGAGACCCUGGAUGGCGGCCCCUCUCGAUUGUAUAAAUCGGGCAGUGAGUACAACCUGCCCACCUUUAUGUCUCUCUACUCCCCAACAGAGAUGCCCUCAGGCAGUGCAGCGACCCCCAGUUCCGGACGGCCCCUCAAAAGCGCCGAGGAGGCCUAUGAGGAGAUGAUGAGAAAAGCUGAGUUGCUCCAGCGCCAACAAGGCCAAUUGUCAGCAGCCCGAGGACCCCAUGGGGGCCCCCCUCAAUCCACAGGCCCCCGGGGCCCAGGAUCCUUUGAAUACCAAGACACCCCAGACCGUGAUUAUGGCAGGGCCACCCCGUCAGCCUCAGAGGGCACAGCUGCCAACCUGGGAGCCACUGUGUACGAGGAGAUUCUCCAGACGUCACAGAGCAUCACGCGCAUGCGCCAGGCCUCUUCUCGGGACCUGGCCUUUGCUGAGGACAAGAAGAAAGAGAAGCAGUUUCUGAAUGCAGACAGUGCGUACCUGGACCCCAUGAAGCAAAAUGGUGGCCCACUGACCCCUGGGACCAGUCCCACCCAGCUCGCGGCUCCCGUGUCUUUCUCCACUUCCACUUCCUCUGACACUACUGGAGGCCGAGUUAUUCCUGAUGUCCGGGUCACUCAGCAUUUUGCAAAAGAGCCUCAGGAUCCCCUCAAGCUGUACAGCUCUCCUGCCUCCCCCAGUUUAGCCUCCAAGGAGGUAGGGAUGUCUUCCCAGGGUCCUGGGACCCCAGCCACUACAGCUGUAGCUCCUUGUCCCCCAACCCUCCCACGAGGAUUUGUAACUCCACCCACCCCAGCUGACUUGGACCACAGUGCUUCACCCUCUUCCACAGCCCACAGCUAUGGACAGACCCCAACCACUGCAAACUAUGGGUCUCAAACAGAGGAGCUAUCCCAGGCUCCCAGUGGCCCUGUGCUAGGAGGAUGGGCCACCAGAGAGAAGCCUGCCAGUGGGAUUGAUGGAGAGGUUGGUACUCACCAACCUUCCCGGGCCUAUUCCUACUUUGCAGGAUCGAGUCCACCUCUCUCUCCAUCUUCUCCCUCAGAUAGCCCCACUUUCUCUCCAGGGAAGCUGGGAAGGGCCACAGCUGAGUUUUCCACACAGACGCCAAGCCCGACCCCCGCCUCGGACAUGCCCCGGAGCCCUGGGGCACCCACUUCCUCUCCCAUGGUACCCCAAGGGACACAAACGCCACACCGACCCAGCACACCACGCCUGGUGUGGCAGCAGUCAUCUCAAGAGGCUCCCAUUAUGGUCAUCACGCUCGCAUCGGAUGCCUCCAGCCAGACCAAGAUGGUACAUGCCAGUGCCUCCACCUCCCCACUGUGCUCACCUACAGACACCCAACCCACCAGCCACAGUUACAGCCAGACCACACCUCCAACAGGGUCUCAGCUGCCCCCGGAGCCACCCGGGCCGCCUGGCUUCCCACGAGCACCGAGCACUGGUGCCGAUGGGCCCCUGGCGCUAUAUGGUUGGGGGGCUCUCCCAGCUGAAAACAUUUCCCUGUGUCGGAUCUCUUCUGUCCCUGGGACCUCGCGAGUUGAGCCAGGGCACAGGCUCCCUGGCAGUGCGGUGGUAGACCUCCGCACGGCUGUCAAACCCACACCGAUCAUCCUCACGGACCAAGGCAUGGAUCUGACCUCGCUAGCUGUGGAAGCAAGGAAGUAUGGCCUGGCCUUGGAUCCGAUUCCAGGAAGGCAGUCGACCACGGUACAGCCUUUGGUUAUCAAUCUGAAUGCCCAAGAACAGACCCAUACUUUUCUAGGCACUGCCACCACCGUGAGCAUCACUAUGGCUUCAUCUGUCCUCAUGGCUCAGCAAAAGCAACCAGUGGUCUACGGAGACCCCUUCCAGAGCCGGCUUGACUUUGGCCAAGGUUCAGGGAGCCCUGUAUGCCUGGCACAGGUCAAGCAAGUCGAACAGGCUGUCCAAACAGCUCCAUAUAGAAGUGGCCCCCGGGGAAGACCCAGGGAGGCCAAGUUUGCCAGAUAUAAUCUGCCCAACCAGGUAGCACCCCUGGCCAGAAGAGAUGUUUUGAUUACCCAGAUGGGCACUGCCCAGAGCGUUAGCCUCAAACCAGGAUCAGUGCCAGAGCCUGGUGCCGAGCCACACCGGGCCACGCCCGCAGAGCUGCGGCCACAUGCUCUGCCAGGUGCCAGGAAGCCACACACCAUGGUGGUACAGAUGGGAGAGGGUACAGCGGGCACAGUAACCACCCUGCUCCCAGAGGAGCCAGUGAGUGCCCUGGACCUCACUGGCAUGAGGCCCGAGAGCCAGUUAGCAUGCUGUGACAUGGUCUACAAGUUUCCCUUUGGUAGUAGCUGCACUGGUACCUUCCACCACCCCCCCAGUGCACCCGAGAAGAGUGUGGCAGAUGCUGCCCCCCCUGGCCAAAGCAGUGGCCCCUUCUAUACUCCCCGAGAUCCUGAGCCCGAUGAACAUCCCAGCUACCGGGCACGUGAAGAACAGAGGCCCUACCCGCAGGGCCUCCCGGGCAGAUUAUACUCCUCCAUGUCUGACACCAAUCUGGCUGAAGCUGGCCUCAACUACCAUGCACACAGGAUCGGACAGCUCUUCCCGGGCCAUGGACGUGAAUCCGCUGUGGAUCUCAGUUCGUUGAAACAUUCCUACAGCCUGGGCUUUGCAGAUGGACGCUACCUAGGGCAGGGCUUGCAGUAUGGCUCGUUCACAGACCUGCGCCAUCCCACAGAUCUCUUGGCUCACCCUCUCCCCAUGCGACGCUACAGCUCGGUGUCAAACAUCUACUCCGAUCACAGGUAUGGUCCACGGGGCGAUGCAGUUGGCUUUCAGGAGGCCAGCCUGGCCCAGUACAGUGCCACGACAGCCCGAGAGAUCAGCCGCAUGUGCGCGGCCCUCAACUCCAUGGACCAGUAUGGCGGGCGGCAUGGCCCUGGCAGUGGUGGCCCUGAUCUUGUGCAGUACCAGCCUCAGCAUGGACCUGGGCCCAGUGCCCCUCAGGGGCUGGCUCCCCUAAGACCUGGCCUCCUUAGCAACCCCACUUUCCCAGAAGGCCACCCGAGCCCUGGAAGCCUGGCCCAGUAUGCGCCAACAGCAGGCCAGGGUGCAGCAGUGAGACAGUUGUUGCCAUCCACAGCCACGGUGCGUGCAGCCGAUGGCAUGAUCUACUCGACUAUCAACACUCCAAUUGCUGCGACCCUACCCAUCACCACCCAGCCUGCCUCCGUCCUGAGACCCAUGGUGCGCAGCGGCAUGUACCGCCCUUAUGCAUCAGGUGGAGUCACAGCCGUGCCACUCACCAGCCUGACCCGUGUGCCCAUGAUUGCCCCUCGGGUACCUCUGGGGCCUGCAGGCUUAUACCGAUACCCUGCACCAAGUAGAUUCCCUAUUGCUUCUGGUGUCCCACCAGCUGAGGGACCGGUCUAUCUGGGAAAACCUGCAGCUGCCAAAGCCCCAGUGACAGGAAGUGCAUCUCGACCAGAGCUGCCCGCAGGGGCUGCACGGGAAGAACCACUUUCGACACCUGCUUCUACUUCCACCAAGGAAGCCCCAGUGGCUCCUACCCCUGCCCCACCAGCUGGUCAAAAGCCACCAGCCGUAGAUGCUGCUGUUGCUGGGGCCAGUAGCCGACCUGGACUUGAGAAGGAGGAAGGCUCUCAGGAAGAGCGGCAGCGGAAGCAACAGGAACAGCUGCUGCAGCUGGAGCGGGAACGGGUGGAGUUGGAGAAGCUGCGACAGCUGCGGCUGCAGGAGGAGCUGGAGCGGGAGAGGGUCGAGCUGCAGAGGCAUCGGGAGGAAGAGCAGCUGCUGGUGCAGCGCGAGUUGCAAGAGCUGCAGACCAUCAAGCACCACGUGCUGCAGCAGCAGCAAGAAGAACGCCAGGCUCAGUUCGCCCUGCAACGCGAACAGCUCGCGCAGCAGCGCCUGCAGCUGGAGCAGAUCCAGCAGCUGCAGCAGCAGCUGCAGCAGCAGCUUGAGGAACAGAAGCAGCGGCAGAAGGCACCCUUCCCUCCAGCCUGCGAAGCACCCAGCCGAGGGCCUCCACCAGCUGCUACCGAGCUGGCUCAGAAUGGCCAGUACUGGCCGCCUCUGACCCAUGCAGCCUUCAUUGCUGUAGCAGGGACAGAGGGUCCUGGGCAGCCUCGUGAACCCAUGCCACACCGAGGACUCCCCAGCUCGGCUUCAGACAUGUCGCUACAAACUGAGGAACCUUGGGAGGCCAGCCGCAGUGGCAUCAAGAAACGGCAUUCCAUGCCCCGCCUGAGGGAUGUGUGCGAGCCGGAGUCAGGGCCUGAGCCGAGCACGGUCAAGAGAAUCGCAGACAGCAGUGUGCAAACCGAUGAUGAAGAUGGGGAAGGCCGCUACCUCCUGACGCGGAGGCGCAGGACACGCAGGAGUGCUGAUUGCAGCGUGCAGACAGAUGACGAGGAUAACGCCGAGUGGGAGCAACCCGUUCGCCGCCGGAAGUCCCGCCUUUCCCGUCACUCCGACUCCAGUGCUGACAGCAAGCACGAGGCCACUGCCUCUUCCUCCACUGCCGCCACCGCUGCCAGGGCCAUGAGCAGCGUGGGCAUCCAGACCAUCAGCGAUUGCUCCGUGCAGACGGAGCCUGACCAGCUGCCCAGGGUCUCUCCAGCCAUUCGUAUCACCGCCGCCACCGACCCCAAGGUGGAGAUUGUCAGGUACAUAUCAGCACCCGAGAAGACCGGGCGUGGGGAGAGCCUGGCCUGCCAGACGGAGCCCGAUGCGCAGGCCCAAGGUCUGGCUGGCACACAACUCGUUGGGCCAACUGCCAUCAGCCCUUACCUGCCCGGUAUUCAGAUCAUCACGCCAGGAGCCCUGGGCAGAUUUGAGAAAAAGAAGCCAGAUCCUUUGGAGAUUGGGUACCAAACGCACCUGCCCCCGGAGUCUCUGUCACAGCUUGUGAGUCGUCAGCCUCCUAAAUCUCCCCAGGUUCUGUACUCGCCAGUCUCCCCCCUGUCCCCACAUCGGCUCCUGGAUACCUCCUUUGCUUCCAGUGAGAGGCUGAACAAGGCUCACGUGAGUCCCCAGAAGCACUUCACGACCGACAGCGCUCUCCGCCAGCAGACGCUGCCUCGUCCCAUGAAGAUCCUGCAGCGGUCCUUGUCUGACCCUAAACCCCUCAGCCCCACCGCCGAGGAAUCUGCCAAAGAGAGAUUCUCCCUCUACCAGCACCAGGGGGGACUGGGUGGCCAGGUGUCGGCGCUGCCACCCAACGGCCUGGCCCGCAAGGUGAAGCGGACACUGCCCAGCCCCCCUCCAGAGGAGGCUCACCUUCCCCUGGCUGGCCAGGCCCCCCCACCGCUGUAUGCAGCCAGCCUGCUACAGCGAGGGCUGGCGGGACCCACCACUGUCCCUGCUACCAAGGCCAGCCUUCUCCGAGAGCUGGACCGGGACCUGCGCCUGGUGGAGCAUGAGUCCACCAAGCUGCGCAAGAAGCAGGCGGAGCUGGAUGAGGAAGAGAAGGAGAUCGAUGCCAAGCUCAAGUACCUAGAGCUGGGCAUCACCCAGCGCAAAGAGUCUUUGGCCAAAGAUCGGGGUGGCCGUGACUACCCACCUUUACGUGGCCUUAGUGAGCAUCGGGACUACCUAUCUGACAGCGAGCUCAACCAGCUGCGCCUCCAGGGCUGCCCUACGCCCACCGGUCAGUAUGUGGACUUUGCUGCCACUGUCGCUGCACCUGUCACCCCAUCCGGCCCCGCGGCCUUCCAGCAGAGCCGCUUCCCACCUCCGACCCCCCAGUACACCGCCCCAGGUGGCAGUAGGCCCGCUCAGAAUGGGUUUCCAGCCCACCAGACCCCCACUUACUCUGGCACUAGCCCGUACCCAGCACCUGCCUUCCCUCCUGGCACUGGUUACUCAGCUGAGCCAAGCCUGCCAACUCAGCAGGCCUUCCGCCCCACAGGCCACUACGCCACCCCAACACCCAUGCCAACCACACAGAGCCCUGGCUUCCCAGUCGCCACCGCUGCUGCCACUGACAGCCGGGUCCCUCACCAGAAGCCACGUCAGACAUCACUAGCUGAUUUGGAGCAGAAAGCCCCCACCAACUAUGAGGUGACUAUGGUGACCAUGUCUUCAGCCUCCUCUGAAAUGGGCUACGGGGUGCCAGCAGUGAGCAGCAGCGGCUAUGAGCAGAGCAAAGCCGCUGAACUUCCCCGGGCCAGUGUGAGCCAGAGCCCAGCCCCCACCUACCCCUCUGACUCCCAUUACACCAAUCUGGAGCAGAAUGUUCCUCGAAAUUAUGUGAUGAUCGAUGACAUCAGCGAACUCACCAAGGACAGCACCCCCACUGGCCCUGAUAGCCAGCGGCUGGAGCCUUUGGGACCAGGCGGUGCUGGGCGCCCUGGGAAGGAGCCUGGAGGAGAACCAAGUGUCCUUGAGGGGCCCACAUUGCCCUGCUGCUAUGGGAGAGGGGAGGAGGAGUCUGAGGAGGACUCGUAUGACCCCCGGGGGAAGGUUGCACAUCACCGGAGCAUGGAGAGCAAUGGCCGAUCCACCAGCACCCACUACUACGGCGACAGUGACUACAGGCCUGGAGCUCGAGCCGAGAAGUAUGGUCCAGGGUCUGUGGGGCCUAAACAUCCCUCCAAGAGCCUGGCCCCAGCUGCUGUGUCUUCAAAGCGGAGCAAGCACCGGAAGCAGGGCAUGGAGCAAAAGAUCUCUAAGUUCUCGCCCAUCGAAGAGGCCAAGGAUGUGGAGUCAGACCUGGCUUCUUAUCUUUCACCUGCCGUCAGCAGCAGCCUGGCCUCUCGCGGCAGGAAGUUCCAGGAGGAGAUCACCUACGGGCUCAAGAAGAAUGUGUAUGAGCAGCAGAGGUAUUACGGGGCGUCCAGCCGGGAUGCAGCCGAGGAAGAUGACCGCAUGUACAGUGGAAGUAGCCGAUCCCAGAUGGCCUCUGCCUACAGUGGGGAGAAGCUCUCCAGCCAUGAUUUCCGAGGCCGAAGCAAGGGAUACGAAAGGGAACGCGAGACGGCGGAGCGACUUCAAAAGGCAGGUCCCAAGCCCUCUUCCCUAAGCAUGGCCCAUGGCCGGGCACGGCCCCCCAUGAGAAGCCAGGCCUCUGAAGAAGAGAGUCCUGUCAGCCCCUUGGGGCGGCCACGUCCUGCUGGGGGUACCCUCCCUCCUGGGGAUACCUGUCCACAGUUCUGCUCCAGCCACUCUAUGCCCGAUGUCCAGGAACACGUUAAGGAUGGACCACGGAGCCAUGCCUAUAAACGUGAGGAGGGCUACAUCCUGGACGAUUCCCACUGCGUGGUUUCUGACAGCGAAGCGUAUCACCUAGGCCAGGAGGAGACAGACUGGUUUGAUAAGCCCCGGGAUGCCCGCUCUGAACGAUUCAGGCACCAUGGGGGCCACCCAGUCUCCUCCUCCCAGAAGCGAGGCCCUGCCAGGCACAGCUACCAUGACUACGAUGAACCCCCUGAGGAAGGCCUGUGGCCCCAUGAUGAGGGUGGCCCAGGCCGCCAUGCCUCAGCCAAAGAACAUCGGCAUCACGGCGACCACGGGAGACACUCAGGCCGCCAUGCUGGUGAGGAGCCUGGACGGCGGGCUGCCAAACCACACGCUCGCGACUUGGGUCGCCACGAAGUCCGGCCUCACCCUCAGCCAAGCUCUGCCCCAGCCAUGCCGAAGAAGGGUCAGCCUGGGUACCCCAGCUCUGCGGAAUACUCCCAGUCCUCCCGUGCUCCAUCCACCUACCAUCAUGCCUCUGACAGCAAGAAGGGCUCCCGGCAGGCUCACGCUGGGCCUGCUGCACCACAGCCAAAACCAGAACCCCAAGCACAGCCACAGCUGCAGGGUCGGCAGCCAGCUCCAGGGUCACAACAAUCCCAGCUGCCACCAUCUAGGCAGAUGCCCUCAGGUGCAGCAUCACGACAGUUGCAGCAGCAGCAGCAGCAGCAGCAAGCUCUCGGGCAGCCACCUCCUUCCCAGCAGGCCCCACCACAGGCUCGAUCACAGCAGCAGAGCCAGCCAACCACCAGGGCCUCCGCUCCUGCGGCCAGUCAGCCAAUAGGGAAGCCCCAACAGCCAGGUCCCACAGCAACCCCAGGCCCCCAGCCAGCUGGACCGCCACGAGCAGAACAGGCAAACGGCCUCAAAGGGACAGCCAAAGGAGCCCAACAGGGGAGGGCUCCUCAGGCCCAGCCAACACCAGGACCUGGAGCUGCAGGCAUGAAGGCUGGAGCCAGGCCUGGAGGGACCCCAGGGGCUCCUGCUGGCCAGCCAGGUGCUGAUGGGGAAAGUGUGUUGUCCAAGAUCCUCCCUGGUGGGGCAGCCGAGCAAGCCGGCAAGCUGACUGAAGCUGUCUCUGCUUUUGGCAAAAAAUUUUCCUCAUUUUGGUGA